AUGCGAAAGAGUGUCAGGUGUAUGCCUUCGCCGAAUGGAGAUAAAAAAGGAGCAUCUAAUAGAACCACCAACUAUGUUUAUGUGAAUUCUGCAUUCAUUGGAAGUUUAAAUAGUGUGAAUGAUACGAGAGCGCCUCAGGCUCCCACCAGUGUCAUACGGGAGCAGUAUUGGACGUGUUCGAAGUGGAGCUUCGCCCAAAAAGUUAUGGCCAUAGCAGUGGGCGUCCUCUCGGGCGCAGUGAUAGGCCUUGCACUCACCGUGGCCCUCAGAAAAGGGGACACUGACUUGAUUGGUGGUUUAUUCAGAUCCCAACCGGCGCCUGAUUAA